CGGCAUGUAGUGUUACAGUUAUCUCCACUGGUAAACAAGCGAGAUCUGACAGUGCGUUCAAAAUAAAUCCGACUCAUUCUCGACUAACCUUCUGUUCACAAGCACGGAUCAGCUGCCCGGCAUUGCGAAACUACCUCAACCUAUAAAAAACGGUGACACUAAUAACCACAGCAGUUAAGAAUCGACGCUCCUGACAGUGACAAGAGUCGAAUUUAAUGAAGAUGAAGACCGCCAUCGCAGUAUUCAGCGUCUUGAUCAUCGUGGUUCCUGCUAUGUCCCAGCCUCCCCAGCCAUGCUGUACACCGCCGCAAUGGGAAGGAAAUGUCGCUCAAAGCCAGGGACAGAACGUCGCAGGUCAAGGGCACAGGGCCGCGCAAAUCAUGACGCUGUCCAUGGAUGCUAAUCUUAAAAAAGUGGCUCAUAGAGGUCAGUGGUACUAUGACCAACAACAGGGAACUUUCCAAUUGCUACAGGAUUUUAAAGCAGGCGUACAAUACCAGAUCACCAAUGGUGGACCAUGUGUUAAGAGCAAGCUGACACAACCAUGGAUGGGCUGCAUCCCUAAGACUUCCAAAUUCAUGGGCAGUGCUGUGUUGGGACUUGGUGACGAUAGCAUUAAAGUCAACAACUGGGCCAUCUUCAUGAACUCCAGCUCUCUCAUGGGGACGUCUUACACACAAGUCACUGCCAAAGACUGUGUUCCCAUUGGCAGCACGUUCCAAGGAUCAGCUAAAGGAGUUGGCAUGAUGUCGGUGCAAGGAGUGACUAAUGUUUCAGCAGGAAUCAAGGACCCCAGUGUCUUUUCCUUGCCUGCAAGCUGCCAGAAAGCAAAGGAGGCAGAUGAGAAGGACAAGGACAGCAGCAUGGACAUCCGUCUGUUCUAAAAUGUCUGAUGGCAUGAUAACAUUUCUAAGGAUCACUGAGCACUUCACUUCUAACAGAAAACUAUCAGAGGACUGUUCAUUAGACACCUGUCCACAUAUUUUUUUAUCAUAAGUGUACCAAAUUCUUAAGAAUUAUUGCUGCAUAGCUGAUGUAAACUUUUUUUUCCAAUAUUAUAAGCUUCUCUGAAAUAUCAUGCAUAGUUUUGUUGUUCACUCGUGACAUUCCCAAUUUUCACACAACAUUGAAUGAUUUUGUGGCAUCUGAUAAGUUUUAAAUUUCUAACAGUUCCUAAAAUUAUGAAAUACUUAAAAUUUUGUUGUGAAUGUCAAACCUACGAGGCUACGAGCACAUAUCCAUAUCCAAGAAGUUACUAUAAAGGAAUGCGAAAGUGAAUGUCACAGUGAUGAAUUAACAGACUGAGUGUUCUAAGUUUGUUUUUUUUUUUUUUUGGUUUUUUGAGCUUAUUGCUACUUAUAAACAUGUAUGUUUAUAUAUUCAAGAAGUGUACACAAAGAAUAACUAAGUGAAGUAGUUAGCAAUCUGUGCACUAAAUAUUUUUAAGAGUAUGCCUGUGACCUCAGUUGCAUCUCUAUAUUGGGCUUGGGUGUUAUUAUCCCAAAAGAUCAAAAUGGUGUAAAAAGUGUCAUAAUUAAGAGAUACAUUUGGUUUGUCUGUGAGGUUUUAAUAAUACUAUUGUCUGUAAUAUUUUGAUAAGAACAUUGG